AUGACCGAGGUAAUGAACUCUCUGGAAUCGGGGGCAGAGGAUUUUUGUGGUGGUGGGGGUGGGGGUGGUGGGCGGUGACUAUUCCCCGAUUCCCACGAAAGGCAUCCAAAGUUGUCAAAGAGGCUUCCCUCCAUCGUGGUGGAGCCGACAGAUGGGCCGGAAGUGGAGAGCGGCGAGCUCCGGUGGCCGCCGGAACCCAGCUCACCGGACGCUCAGACCAAAGCACUUGAUGAGGUCCAAACUGGAUCCGAUGAUGGGGCUUCAGGGGCGACGGCACAGACCUCCAACUGACAUCACCCUGCAGAAAAACUAAACAUCGACGGUAACUUACUAAGUAACGUGUGGACCCGUGAGACGUCCAAAAGAAAAGCAUUUAGAAACAACACACACACACACACACACACACACACACACACACACACACACACACACACACACACACACACACACACACACACACACACGCAAACAUGCAGGGAUCUUGAGGUGGCAACUAGGCUUGCAAAAGUGUAGAACAGUUCCGGAAUUCGGUGAAUAUUCCACAUUGGGAAUUCCUGGUUUAUUCCCCAAAACUAGUAACAUUUAAUACCUUGGAAAUUUCA